AUGGCGGACCCUGCGCAGUGUUCUAUCAAGGUGGUGUGUCGCUUCAGGCCGCUCAACAGCUCGGAGGUGGCCCGGGGAGACAAGUACAUCCCCAAGUUUGUGGGGGAUGACUGCGUGCAUAUCUUGGGUAAACCGUUCUACUUUGAUCGUGUGUUCCAGUCCAACACAUCUCAGGAACAGUUCUACAAUGCUUGGGCUCAGAAGAUUGUCAAAGAUGUUCUGGAUGGAUACAACGGGACAAUAUUUGCCUAUGGGCAGACCUCCUCUGGAAAAACACACACCAUGGAGGGAAGACUCCAUGACACAGAUAUGAUGGGAGUCAUUCCCAGAAUUGUUCAUGACAUUUUCAACCACAUUUAUUCCAUGGAUCAGAACCUGGAGUUUCAUAUCAAAGUUUCCUAUUUUGAAGUUUAUCUUGAUAAAAUCAAGGACCUGUUGGACCCAUCAAAGACCAACCUUUCUGUGCAUGAGGAUAAAAACAGGGUGCCCUAUGUCAAGGGGUGUACUGAGCGUUUUGUGUGCAGUCCCGAAGAGGUCAUGGACGCCAUAGAUGAAGGCAAAAACAGCAGACACGUGGCUGUCACAAACAUGAAUGAGCACAGUUCCAGAAGUCACAGCAUCUUCCUCAUCAACAUCAAGCAGGAAAACUCUCUGACUGAGCAGAAAAUGACCGGAAAACUGUACCUCGUCGAUUUGGCUGGGAGUGAAAAAGUGGGUAAAACCGGAGCAGAGGGCACGGUGCUGGAUGAAGCCAAGAUGAUCAACAAGUCUCUGUCUUCACUGGGGAUCGUCAUCUCAGCUCUGGCAGAGGGCUCGGCCUAUAUCCCGUAUAGAGACAGUAAGAUGACCAGAAUCCUGCAGGACUCUUUAGGAGGGAACUGUCGGACGACCAUGGUCAUCUGCUGCUCGCCCUCCUCCUACAACGAUGCAGAGACCAAGUCUACCCUGCAGUUUGGACAAAGGGCAAAGACCAUAAAGAACACCGUGUGUCUGAACGUGGAGCUGACCGCAGAGCAGUGGAAGAGCAAGUGGGAGAAAGAGAAGGAGAAGAACAAGACGCUGAAAAACACAGCCAACUGGCUGGAGAACGAGCUCAACCGCUGGAGGAACGGAGAGAAUGUGCCAGCUGAGGAACAGUUUGAUAAAGAGAAGGCCAAGGCAGAGGUCCUGGCCAUAGACACCGCCCUCAACAACGAUAAGACAGCCACCACGCCCGCCCUCAGCACCCUGCCCGGGGUCACACUCUCCGGGCCGGAGAAAGAGAAGUGUGAGGCCGAAAUGGCCAAACUCUACAAACAGCUGGAUGACAAGGACGAUGAGAUUAACCAGCAGUCUCAGUUGAUGGAGGAGCUGAACGAGCAGAUGUUGGACCAGGAGGAGCUCUUAAAUGCCUCCCGACGCGACCACGACAUCCUGCAGACGGAGCUAAACCGGCUGCUGGCGGAGAACGAAACCUCAAAGGAGGAGGUGAAGGAGGUGCUGCAGGCCUUAGAGGAGCUGGCCCUCAACUAUGACCAGAAGAGUCAGGAAGUCGAGGACAAAUCACUAGAGUUUGAGGCCCUCAGUGAGGAGCUGAACCAGAAAUCGAACUCCCUGACCUCCAUCGACUCUGAGCUGCAGAAGCUGAAGGAGAUGACCAACCAUCAGAAGAAGAGGGUCACUGAGAUGAUGUCGUCGUUGCUCAAAGACCUGGCUGAGAUCGGCAACGCUGUGGGAUGCAACGACAUUAAGCAACAAGAGAGCAAUGGCCACAUCGAUGAAGAGUUCACUAUGGUGCGUCUCUACAUCAGCAAGAUGAAGUCCGAGGUGAAGAUGAUGGCGAAGCGCAGAAAACUGCUGGAGAGCUCCCAGGCCGAGAGUACCCAGAAGAGGGACGAGACGGAGCUGGAGCUGACGUCCUGCCAGCUCCGCAUCUCCCAGUGUGAGGCAAAAAUCAAGUCGCUGACCGACUGCCUCCUGAAUGUAGAGCACAAGAAAAGACAGCUGGAGGAAACUGUGGACUCUCUCAAUGAGGAAAUAGUCAGGAUCAAAGCUGAAGAGAAAGUCAACACCAUGGAGAAGGAGAACGAGGUUCAGUCUGCCAAUGAAGUCAAGGAAGCUGUGGAGAAGCAGAUCCAGUCCCACAGAGAGACCCACCAGAGGCAGAUCAGCAGCCUGAGAGAUGAGCUGGACACCAAGGAGAGAGUCAUCACAGAGCUGCAGGAUCUGAACCAGAAGAUCAUGCUGGAGCAGGAGAGGCUGAGAGUGGAGCAUGAGAAGCUCAAAGGUGUCGACCAGGAGAAGAGCCGUCAACUGCUAGAACUCACGGCGUUGCAGGACAGACAGGAGCAGGGCAGUCAGGACCUGAAGGGACUAGAGGAGACUGUGGCCCGGGAGCUGCAGACACUUCACAGCCUGAGGAGGCUUUUCGUCCAAGACUUGUCCACCAGAGUCAAAAAGAAUGCUCGCAAUGACUCCGACGAGGCAGAACUCAGCACUGCCCAGAAACAGAAGAUCGCUUUCCUGGAGAACAACCUCGAGCAGCUAACCAAAGUUCACAAGCAGCUGGUGCGGGAAAAUGCCGACCUUCGUUGUGAGAUCCCUAAGAUGGAGAAGCGCCUGCGAGCCACCGCUGAACGGGUGAAACCCCUGGAGACCGCCCUAAAGGAGGCCAAAGAGAAUGCAGCCCGCGAACGAAAGAACUACCAGCAGGAAAUGGAGCGCAUCAAGGACACUGUCAAGCCCAAAAACAUGGGCAGGAGAGCCUCGAUCGCCAAGCCCAUCAGACCAGGCCAGCUGAGUUCUCUCCUGAUCACCAGCGCCAACAGGUCCAACCUCAUCCAGAACAACCAGCCCUCCGGCAUCAGAGAAGACAGUAACAACAGCUGAUGAGGACGCUGAUCGACCCCCCCUCCCCAACAACAUGAAGCCAAAGACCACAACACUGAUCUUCCACCUGGAAUCACUGCACUAUUCUUCCAAAAUCAAAGUGCAUGUAUAUAGUGUACACUGAUUUACAUAUGACCUGUCCUUUAUAGUUAACCUUUGAUUGAACAAACACUAUUCUUACAGAAGACACUAUCAUACUGUACAGUAGAGAGAGAGAGAGAGAGAGGACUGUUCCUAUUCUCUUACCUCUCUUUUCCCUUGGAUACUUUCCAUUUUUUAUCAGAUUGUGAACUUGGUGACUGGGACAAAAAUAGUUGCAGAUACUUAAAAAAAACAUCUCUCUUAGUGACACUGUUCUGCUUAUGAAUCGUUGUUUUAUGCAGAUGAUUGAAAUGGUCGGUUUCAUGCACUGAUUAAUGUGUUUACCACAUUCUGGUUUCUGUCAGAUGAAUAGGAGCUGAGGGAGACAGUACACCUGUGAACCUUUUCAGAAUUCUCUGCCUUCUCUCUGCCUUCUCACUGCUUUCCUUUGUUUGCAACAGUUUCAAAAAGCCACUUACUCAUCAGCUUCCCAAUUAUUAUUCAUCACUGGAACCCUUACGUCUUUUGCUCAAGGCGAGAGAGGCACAGGGUUUAGUUAUAUACAAGUGCUAUUUAUGCCUGAAGGCUGCAGGCAAAGGGUUAGAGGUUUAUUUUGUUUGGUAAAGCAUGAAUUAUGAUUUAGAAGAAGAGGACGAGUCAUUUUCACCUGUAGCAUUCACAACUCUAUUCGGUAUGUCUAAAUAACUGUAACCAUGUGCAAAGGCAUCCUGUUAAUCUAUAGGAUUUAAAGUCACAGUAAACAUUUCACAUGACUGAAAAUUCUUUAACGUUUUUGUUCUUCAAAAUAAAGGCAGUUGUAGAUGUUUUGGUGAAAUCAUGGUUACAACCGCACUUGUAUGUUCCACAUACUCCCAGCAGACCAAUGGUAACUGUGCUAUGGGCCUUAGGUUGUUUUUA